UCCAUUUCGUGUCACACUCGGCUGCCACAGAGGGAGGCUGGGGAAGGGGGUUGCUGCUCCCCCCUAUAGCCGUGGGGUGCACAGCAAGAGAAAGAGGGAAAGAUGGAAGAGAAUGUCAUGUAUGCUGAGCUGCGCCUGCCCCCUGCCCCAGCCCCUGUGCAGACAGCGCGGAUGUCCUGGCACUGGGCAGCCCUUGGCCUUGGAGCCCUGUCGCUACUGCUCUUACUGGCACAAAUCAUCCUCGUUGGAUUGAGCUUCCACUAUUUAGCUCAACAGGCGAGCUGCUGCCAUGGUCCCCAGUGCAUGGAGAACCUUAUCUCUGGGCUACAGGCUUUGCAAGGGAGCUGCCAGUUCUGCCCAGCUGGCUGGCUGUCGCAUGCAGGGCGCUGCUAUUACUUCUCCUCAGCCAAAAGGAGCUGGGAGCAGAGCAAGGAGGACUGUUGCUCCAGGGGAGCACAGCUGGCUAUCAUCCAAGCCAACAGCACACUGGCUUUCCUGACACACGUGUCCCAUAUGGAUGUCUUUCACGUGGGCCUGAAGCGGAGCCUUUCUGGGUUUGAAUGGAAGUGGCUAGAUGGCACCGUGCUGAAGAGGCUUUUCCGACUCCAACGCUCCACCAACUCCUUCCUGGCCUGUGGCAGAGUGUCAGGAUCAGGGCUGUCUGGUGGUGACUGUAGGGAAGCCCACGGCUGGGUAUGCGAGAAAAGUGCUGUCAACCUGCAGUGGCUGCAGUCCUCACCACCUGCUUUCCUCUGGGGAAACACCACCUAUACCUGUGCAAGGCCGUGAUGACCAUGGGGACAGUCAGUGCCCAGCACCCACCCCUGCCUGCCAGGCACCCAGGGCACUGACUCGGUACUCACAGCUCUUCAUCCCUCCCUUUGUUUAUUGUACGUUGCUAAUAAACUUUGAUGCUCACACUGUGGCUGGCGUUGGGGUUUAGGGUUGGGGUUCAGAGCUAGCAUGUGUCCAAGUGUCCCCAUGGCCUGGUGAGACAUGGAACAACUCCUGUGUGGGCUGGGGCAGAUGCUCUUAUGCUCUUGCGUCCAUCCUCCCCAUGUGGGAGCAGACCAGCAGCUCAGCAAGGUCAUUCCUGGGUGCUCCCCACACUGCCUGCUACCUGAACGUGGAACUGGUGGUGGAAUGGGGAAAAGAACAUAGGGGAAAGCAGGGUCCCUCUGUGACCAGGGCUGUAGGGCUCCUGGUGCCGCACAAUGGUGGUGUGGUUUAACUCCACAGGCAACUCAGUGCAUCACAGUGCUUUGCUCAUCCCCACCCUCCAGAGGGAAAAGAAUCUGACC